AUAAGCAGGUUUCCCAUAAGCGUCGCUUCAGACUUCGCCCGGUGACCGAUGGAUCUCCAUCUCUUCACGUGAACAUCAGUGAAACUCCAGAGUAAGGAGGGACAUUGGUCUGACCUUGGAAAACCCAUGACGACGAACCAGGAAACCAUCAGUGCAGGGUCCAAAGACUGACACGUGAUCCGCGGGGUACGUGGACAAACAUCACGUGAUGUCCAACAAAGAAGGUAUUCGUUGAGUCAUUCGACGACACUCUCUCAUCCAACCAAGGGCACCCAGGGGAACUGCGACGCUUGUACACUCCUAUAACGUCGAAUAAGAUACCUUGCUCGUACUCUGCUACCUGAGCUGCCCAGGACGACAUCAACACAGGAGCACACAGUCUGUGUGCCCAGGCUCAGGCUUUUACAUAAUGGACUUCUACCACCAGCUUGCCUGCAUACGCGCCAUCUUGUAGGGUUUCCUUGCUCUGCUGUACGGAAUUUCUCGCUUCAUCUCCAGAGAUAUGACUUCGACAUCUGAAUUUGAUCUCGACUUGGAAAGGUCGCCACAGUGGGAAGACGUCAGGAAGGAAAUGCACGAAGCCAUUGCAGCGGAAGACGAGGCUCGUGUUCUAAAGUGCCUGGAUGCUGCAACUGCAUUGAAACUGUGGUUGGAUCCUGACACAAAAAAGUCAGCUCGUUACAAAGCAGUUAAAAAGAAAGCCUUUCGUAUUCAUGGCCUCUUAGUCUCACGGGAAUGUGGACUCAAGAACAGCAAAGAAUCAUCGUGUUACCAACAUCUCACACCCCUUGAACGAGCUGAAAUUCGACGGCAACAAUAUUACACCACAGAAUGCGAUGUCUCUUACAUCGACUAUUUGAAAAGCAAAUCAGAAAGCGUCACCAGAUGUGAUGACUUCGGUGUACGAAAGGAGAAGAUGUUUAAGCAGCUCUCAAGUGAUGAAUUAAACAGGAUUAUUCUCAAAGUGGCUGCAACAGCGCCGCAUCUAAAAAUAAAAUUCGACUACAGCAGUGAAAACGUUCAAGGGACCACGGGAAGCUGCAGCAGAGCUGUCAUCGGCCUUACUUACUACGAAGAACAAAGAGUUUUCGUCGGGGGCCGUGCUGAAGAAGCCGUAGUCUGGGGGACGCUUAUCCACGAGUUAUGUCAUAUGGCACUUUUUCUAGUGUAUAGGAACGAUGGCAAGCCUUAUUACAGUGACGAUACGGAGCGGGAAAAGCAAUACAAGGGCAUCCUGAGUAACAUAAAACCGAGGCAAAAUGAUCUGAACCUUCUCACCCAGCAAGCUUUUAUGGACACAAAUGAAGAAGAAGAGUUAAUUGUACGGAUCCCUCACGUUCUAGUUCAACAUGGUUGCGACGAAGGUCAUAGGCUUCUGGAACGGGAAGUACCCGAACUACUAAAUUUUUUCAAGGAACAUGUCAUCCAGGACAUGCGAGAAUACAUUAAGAGUGGAAUCCCCUCUGCAGACGCAGAAAAGAUCAGAGAAGGAAACGCCACACUCCAAAGAUCUCUCAACAUUGGCAAACUUAACGUCAAAUUCGAGAAACCAUUAAAGAACAGUGUGUGGAACAAAGAGCCCCUUCACGUACUUACGGGUCCAGACGUAAGGCUUCUGGAAAUAAUGGUUCACAACGCAGUGAAAUCUUCAGGCCAGCCAUACUUGUUUUUCGAAACAUCCCAGAAGGAGUGGAAAGAUGUGUUAGCGACCUACAAAUGUGCAUUUGUGCUCGUGAGGGUCCGCCCCAACACAGAGUUAGGAAUGGAUCUCAAAUUUCUGAGUGAAGUGUCCAGUGUGACUGGAGCGAAAGUCAUCUUCCUUGUGGAAGACAGCGGCAAAUCUUCCUUGUUGGAGCAAGUGCAAAACGACACAUUCUUUGCCGCUGGACUUGUAGAGCAUAACAUCCUUGAAGCGAGUUUGGAGCAUGUCGCGAAGAGCUGCAAAACAGAAGUUUUUGAAAAAUCUCGCGUAGAACUUCAGGGCAUUUAUGUUUCCGCCUUUCCUGAAGCAAUGAGUAUCGACACAUUCUUACGUUGCCUGGACACUGCGGUUUUCCUAAACCUCUGUGAGCAUAAGAACAUUAACCUGGGACCUCCCCUUCAUGAACUAGAAGAAGGUGUUAAGAACUAUUAUGUGGAGCGAGUGUUUACAAGGAGUGUGGAAAUUGACUUGAGAGAGUGCCGAAUGAACGACGAGAAUGAGGCUUUCGCACUUCUGGGGUGUCCGCAUGAUUGUGCUGCAAAACUUGUACCUCAAGGUUACGAGGCAACACAUCAGGAUAAUUUAGAGAGUUUUGAAAAAUUUGUAGUCCUUCAGGAGCCACGUGACUAUGAAGCUCUCCUACUAAAUAAUAAUUACAGGGAGAAGGUAGUGCAUCUGUUCCGGAUCAGUGAAUCCGGUGAGGGACUGGUGUGGAUUAAAUCAAAUGGCCCUCUCAGUCACCUUCCAAUGACGGGAAGUGACGAUUACACAACAGAGAGGUUGCUGAACGUGCCCGAGAAGAUCGUCCUCGUCACUGGCGCACCUGGUAUGGGAAAGAGUGUGUUGGCAUCUUGCUUGUGUACACAGUUAAAAAGUCAAGACAAGAAGAGGUGGGUGCUCUACGUCGACCUUCCUCAGAGAAUGGCAUUAGUGAAAACUGCGUCGCCUAGUUUGGAAUAUGUAGCGGAUCUGUGCCAAGUACAAAGAGGUGGUCUGGAGUUCGUUUUGUUUGAAGAAAGCUUGGACAAUGGGAACCCUUUCAAGGUCGUAGUCAUGUUGGAUGGCUUCGAUGAAGUCAACGAGGAAUGCCGCAACCGUGUGCUGGAACUUGUACAGUUUCUAGCUAACAAAAAAGUUUACAAGGUGUACAUUUUUACUCGCACUGUGUUUAAGCCCCGUGUACAAGAUGCCUUACACACAGUGUCAUAUGAUCUGGUUCCCUUUUCUGAUGAAAACCAGAAUGAAUUCCUCACAAAAUAUAGGGCCCAAAGAGAAACUCCGUCCACCAGGAAUGACGCACUUCCGCAAAAAUUCCAGCAACUGUACUCGACCUUGAAGGAGAAAAACAAUACAAUCCUGGAAACCCCUCUCCUACUUCGUAUGAUGGCUCAGAUGGAGAGUGGAGAAAUCACGAAGUCGGGCGAUUACUCUUCGCUGCUUAAUAUUGCUGACAUCUCCGGUGGCAGAAGUAUAUACACUGUACACAUCUACAAGAUGUUUGUCGAGUACAAGCAUCUUGUGCACCGAAAAGAAAAGGUGAAGGAAGACAUCGUCCUAUGUGCCACGCGAGGGGAGCACGGAGCAGCGCAGUCUUCAUUCUACGCAAACCAUCGUCUCCUCGCUAUGAAGUGUAUAUUUCCUGAGGAUGCCUUGGAAGACUUAUUGAAUGAAGACGAAUUCGUGCAGUUAGAUCCAGAAGGAAGUUUCAUCAAACGCGUAGCGAACAAUUCUCUCAAAGAAGGUUUUGUGAAUGGCAUUAACGAUGGAGGAAUUCCCGAGUUCGUUCAUAAGACUUUCGCCGAAUUUUUCGCAGCUCACUACCUCCUGGAGAAGGCAAGGCUAAGAACGAAAUCGAGCUAUUGGGAAAAGGUAGUACAACUGUAUGGUAAAGAAGACUACGAGGGUGUAAUGGUGCUGUUCGACGGACUGGCGUCAGAGUCCUGUCCACUUCACUCUGCUGUGAUAAACAACGACGCUUCUUAUUUUGAGCAACGUGUUAUUCAAACAGAAGAAAUGCUCGUUGUCGAUGAACUCCGAAGGACGCCAUUGCACGUAGCUGCCCUGCAUGCUGACAAAACGACAUUGAAACAGCUGCUAACGAAUGGUGAACUAAUCAAGAAUGAUUUGUUUCAAAUGUCGCCAUUCCAGUACGUGGAACUCUUUUUCCCAUGGAACGCAGAGGGGAUGGCAGAGUGGAUUGAACGUUUGCGGGAUGUGUCUUUUUCACGACGUUUGAUGAUUAAGAAUUCUAUGGAACAUUUGCUGGAUAGGACUCCAGGUAUCAGGGAGAGACUCAACGUAUUGUACUCUCGAUGCAGUGAGGAAGCAGUGAAACAUUCUACCGAAAAGCUGCGCUCAUGUGAAUCCUUCCAGCAAAAGAGACAUUUUCUAGAGCGAGUUAUAUUCACAGCUGUGAUACACGACCUACGAAGCGUUUUAGACGUGUAUCUGAGCUAUGUGUUCCCGAGAGAGAGUACAGGAAAUCUAGACAGAGACACGAUGGACCAAUUAGAAUCACGCAAGGAACGAAGCUUGAGAUGUUCUGCAGAGCCUCAGGCAAUUGAAGAUCUCGAUGAUAUCAGAGACUAUGACAACAGAACUGUUCCUUUUUACGCAAAGUCGGAGGUUGUGUGUAAAAUGCUCCUUCCUUACUGCGAUAUGGAAAUUCUUGAUCAGGAUGGAAACACACUGUUGCACAUUAGUGUGAAAGAAGGAAAUCUGGAGACAACAAAGUUUUACCUCGCACAUUUAUCCGCUAACAGUAGAAAUGGACACUUUCAAACUCCUUUGCACUUGAGUGGAGAUGCAGAGAUUGUGAAGCUACUUCUUCCUCUUUAUCCCUCAGUGAAUGUUCUCGAUGAUGAGCAACAAACUCCGAUAGAUAUGUGUGCAAAGAGACAUGAUUUUGAGGCCAUGAAGUUGUUACUCCUUCGCACUCGUACAUGUGGAGCACGUCAUAUCAGACUGAACACAACGCUUCAUGUGGCUUCGAGCUCAUUUAAUGCCCAUAAAGCUGUGACGUUUCUUCUACCUCACACAAGUGCGCACCUGCUUAACUGCAAAGGAGAAACGUGCUUAGACGUUGCUUUCACAGCUUGGAAAUAUUUGUGGAUUUCGCUGUCCAACGUUGUGAGGUGUCUCAUCCCACACUCGCUCGUAAACUCACCUGAAACGUUCGGCUCAUCACCGUUGUACAUCUGGAAGGAAGGUGGUGGAGGGAAAGUGAUGCAAAUUCUAUGGCCUUAUUUGCGACACAGUGACCGUAGGCAUGCACAGAGGAUCUGCAGAAGAUGUGCGUAUGUGGAUGUGCAUUUGAAUUUCCAAGAUGAAAUUUCGUGUCUGAAACUUCUCCUCCUCCAUUUAGAUGUCAUCGCAGGUGAUCGUUAUAGCCGUAAACUGCUGCAUGAUAUUGCCAAGCGCAAUGCGCUUCACAUUAGCUUAUUUCAAAAAGAAGUAAAUUGCAUUAAUUACGUGAAGCUGUUACAGCCGCAUUUAAAUCUCAAUAUGCAGCAUUAUGUAGAAAGUGGAGUAAAAAUGAGGACAUUGUUAAGUCAAGUCUGGGAUGGGCACACACACCGAUGA